GAGGGAUAACUCUUAACUCACGACUGAUUGCUGCGACGUCUGAUGAAAUAUGAAAAACAAGGUUGUUAUCGAUAUCUGCUCCUAAAUUUUGUUGAUUAAUUAAUAAAUUCCUUUGUGGACAUCAAAAUAGUCUUACAGGAAGAUUUAUUUCCAAAAAUCCAGUUUGCACAAUGAGCAGUUCUACUGAUACUGGUGCUGCUUCGGGGGAUGGAAUGCCAUCUGGUGUUCCUAACAAAGAGGAAGAUGGGAAGAAAGAGGCAACCAAACAUACCUAUAAAACAGGGCAGGACAGGGCAUCAAGUGGCUCUAAUAACACUGGCCAACGGCAGAAGAAACCUCGAGAGGGAGAGAAACAGAAACAGCCACCAUUAUCAGAGCAGAAACAGUCAGCCUCACCAGGGCAAAAGCAGCCGCAACCAGGGCAGAAGCAACAACAACCAGGGCAGAAGCAACAACAGUCAGGAGAGAAGAAGCCCUCCCAACAAGAAGACAAACAGGCAGGAGCGCAGAAUGCAAUUCUUAAACAGCAAAACAUGCAGAAAAAAGGUCAGGGUCAAGGGGAAGGAUUUGCUUCUGGACAGGCCCAGGCUGAUGGUGUGCAGCCAACUAAGAGUAAAGCAGAGCUGAGGGCUGAGAGAAGACUAAAGCAGGAAGCGCAACGAGCAGCAAAAUCCCAGAAGAAGUCAGAAGCCAGUACAGCACCUGCUUCAAAAUCUGAUAGCUUGCGUGUACCAGCUAAGGUUCUUGGUGAUGACCCAGCUACUCAGAAGCGAGAGGCAAAAAAACUGGAGAAGCAGAAUGUUCCACAGCGAUUGAGUGUAAAGCGAAAGGAUCCACAUUUUAGUCACUUGCGACAGUAUGAACGGGAGCUGAAACUUCCAGCCUGUGGAACACUCCAUCCAGACAUUUUGCGGCUUGGCUUAGAGUACUUUGAGGGCUUUCUGCAAGGAUCCAAUGCUCGAGCUCUUGGCCUGCUGGCAGCUUUUCAUGAGGUGAUCUUGUCAUACUCUACACCUCAAAACAAAGAUCUCUCCCGUGAUCUGGAGGCACGCAUCAAACCCUAUAUAUCAUUUUUGGACAUCUGCCGUCCAUUGUCUGUAAGCAUGGGAAAUGCCAUCAAAUUUAUCAAGUGGCAGAUAGCACAUGUAGCUCAUGAUGUCUCUGAUAAGGAGGCCAAGGAACGACUUAUUUCGCAGAUUGAUGAGUAUGUGAGAAAGAUUGACCUGGCUUCAUCUGCCAUUGUAAAUUGUUCAAAGAGUAAACUUACUGAUGGAGAUGUCGUCAUUGUCUAUGGCUGUUCCUCUCUUAUCUACAGAAUCCUCUGCUCAGCCAGAAAAUCUGUUAAUUUUCGUGUCAUUGUUGUUGAUGGAAGACCAAGAUGUGAAGGUAAGAAAAUGAUUCAGCACAUGGUAAAGGAAGGAAUAAAAUGUUCAUACACAACCAUCAGCAAUGUGAACUAUGUUAUGCAGGAGGCAACCAAAGUCUUACUCGGAGCUCAUGCACUGAUGGCAAAUGGGUGUGUGAAGUCCAGAUCAGGGACAUCUCUUGUCAUCAUGGAGGCCAAUGCAAACAAUGUUCCAGUCUUAGUGUGUUGCGAGACAUACAAAUUCUGCGAGAAGUCUCAGGCUGAUGCUUUUGUCUUCAAUGAGCUGGGAGAUCCUGAUAGCCUUGUCAAAGUUGGAAACAGAAAAUCGGUAUUAGCACAAUGUCAAGACAACACGAACCUCUUCCUGGUGAACCUGGCAUAUGAUGUGACACCUCCAGAGCUUGUGUCUGUGGUCAUCACAGAGCUUGGUAUGAUCCCCUGUACAUCUGUUCCUGUGGUUCUACGAAAGCAAGCUUUCAGUGAAACAUGAUUUUGGUUUUUUCUUGUUUCCUGGAAUGUAAUGAGCCCUCAUCAACAUGUGAAUACUUGUUUGAGUUCCAGUUCCUUUUGUGCUUUGAGUGUAUCCUGAAAUGUGGCAAGCAUGAUGGACAUAUAAUGAAGUUUAUCACAGGUAAUAAUGUUACCUUGCAUUGGGCAGGCCAGCAUCAACUAUUAAUCUUAAAGCCGCUUGGUCUUUUGUCACAAUUUCCCGUUGGCAAAGCAUGCGAAUUAAGAAUGCCUUUUUCAGCAAUACUGCCAUUGACCAGAAUUGUACCUGCAUGUCAGAAUUACAGUCUUUUCCAACCUUC